AUGCAAUCGUUCCCUCGCACCCACUCUGACCCUCUUGUCUCGCCUAAAGGCUGGCUCGUGCAUUUCUCAACUCGAGUGCUCAGCUUCCGGCCGGCGAUGCAUGUUCACAAACAUGACUCAAGACCCCAGCCUGCCCAUCUGCCCGUCUUUCUGCUCGUCUGUCCUUGUGUGUGCCCGCCCGCUCAGACGUCACGCCCUAACCUGUCUGCACAAGUGGCAAUUCGGCCAGUGGCUGUACAGGUUGGCGUGGCCAUGCUGCACACCUACAUACAUGCUAUGAUGGCAUAG